GGCUCCCAAUCUCCUGUCAGCAGAAUCUGAACCCGACGUUGUCUCCUCUCUCCUCGCCAAGGAGGUUUCUGAUGGUUUCAUGGUCGGCCCCUUUUCCUCUCCCCCCUUUUCUACUUUUCGGAUUAAUCCCAUCGGCAUUGCCACGCGCAAAUACUCGUGGAAGAAACGCCUCAUCAUCGACUUAUCCGCUCCCCAUGGCUCUUUUGUUCCUUACGUCAAUAGCCUGGUGCCCAGCGACGAGUUUUCUUUGUGCUAUGCCCGCGUCGAUGAUGCGAUUUCCCUCAUCAAACUCGUCGGACGCGGCACUUGGAUGGCCAAAGCAGAUAUCGUCUCAGCUUUUAAGGUCUUACCCAUCCAUCCUGACUUUUGGCACCUAUUUUGCGUGCGCUGGAAGGGGCGUUACUACUUCGCCACCCGGCUCGUUUUCGGCUGUAAGAGCAGCCCCAAGAUAUUUGACUGUUUCGCUGAGGCACUGUCCUGGAUCCUGCUCAACGUGUGUCGCAUUCCCUAUGUCGUGCACCUGCUGGAUGACUUUCUGGUCCUCGACGCCCCGUCUUCUCCGCCCGCUCGUUGCAUCACCUCCCUAGCAUCAGUUUUUCACCGCCUGGGCGUUCCGCUGUCCGCCGUAAAGACCGUUGGUCCGUCUACAUCGCUCGAAUUUUUGGGGAUUUUGCUGGACUCUGUCAACUUACAGGCUUCUCUUCCCCGCGAUAAGCAAACUCGCAUCUCCCAAGUUCUCUCAGAGUUUCUGCAACAGCCUCGUUGCACCAAGCAGCAGCUCCUGUCGCUUCUCGGGCAUCUGAAUUUCGCCAUGCGCAUCAUCCCACAAGGUCGCGCUUUCAUUUCCCAUCUCCUCCUCGCUUCUUCAGCUACAUCCUACUUUCAGUUCGUCACCCUGGAUGAGGCUUGUCUAGCAGAGAUACGUUUCUGGCUCCUACUCCUCUCUCAUUGGAAUGGCAUUUCGUUUUUCUUUAACGACGCAGUAUCUAAUCCUGUUGAUAUUCAUCUCUUCACGGACGCCGCACCUUCCACAGGCUUUGGCGGUUUCUACGACGGCAGAUGGUUCGCCUCCCAAUGGCCUGUCGAAUUUUUUCAGCUCCCCUCGGAUCUUUGUGAUUCAUCCGCGCUUCGUGAACUUUACCCAAUCAUCGUCGCUGCCCUGCUAUGGGGACACGAAUGGACGCGACGUGUCAUUUUCACACACUCUGAUAAUCUAGCCGUAGUAAACGCAAUCAACAAGGGUCGGUCAAAUUCCCCGUCCUUAAUGCCAUUGCUCCAGAGGCUCACGUGGCACUCCAUCAUGCAUCAGUUCAUUCUCAAAGCUGUUCACAUUCCUGGUUCAUCUAACCCCAUUGCUGAUUCUCUGUCUCGUUUCCAAUUUCAGAAAUUCAGGACCUUGGCUCCACUCUCAGACCCUCAUCCAACCCCAGUUCCACCUUAUUCGGACACCAUCUUCCCGCUGCACACGCCUUCUACAAUUUGACUCUCCAAUCCCAGGACCUCAUUCUUAACGCCGUUUCCCCUAACACUCUUUCAACUUACUGGACAGGAUGGCAAUGUUUUCGUCGGUUCCACGUUUUUCUUUCAAUCCCCUUUCCCUCCUUUGAUCUAUUUAGCACGGCCAACUUCCUCACCUUUACCAGCUCCCGCC